GAUCAAAAUCAUGAUUUUUUUUUUAAAAAACAAGUUUUUAGAUAAGUUAAGAUACCCUACCCUACCCUACCCUACCGUUCCUAAUACUCCUAAUAAUCGGUUUGUUAAUAUGAUAUACAAUCGAUUAUUUAGUGUGUUAUACAUACCGUCAUCACUGGUGAUGAUGGCGGCAGACAAUUGGUGGACGACAACAAACAACAGUAAUAAUAGGCAACAAUGGUCUCAAUGGACCAAUAGAUUCAAAUCAUUACCGAAUCGGUGGCCAACAACAACACCGACAAUACGAUCGGCACAUACUAUCAUCAAUGAUGACGACAACAACAACAACGACAUAGAUAUUGGAUAUAUUAAACGUUGUUUCAAUCAGACAGUAGUCAAAGUGUUGGUCCAGUCGUUGGUCGAUAACACCAAACCGAUAGCAUUGGGCACAGGGUUUCGGCUCAGUGGUGGUCAUACAGAUAUGAUGAUCGUAACCAAUGCACACGUAGUCAAAGGCGCGCAUUUAGUCGACGUAGACUUGUAUUACAGAUAUCAGUUGACCAGAUGUACGGCCACUGUUGUCUAUGUUGAACGGCACCGGGAUCUGGCACUGGUAAGCCUUAGAUAUCAGUUAAGCAGCGAUAGUUUUCCGGCCCGUGAUAUAGACAGAUCACGGAUAUACAAUCAAGGUUCGGAUAUUUACUGGGAACCGGUAGCCACUGUCGGCCAUACGGAUACACCCGUUCGCUGUAGUAAACUAUACCAAUCGGGUUAUGUCCAGACCGUGGGUAUUCAACUCAAGCAACUGUAUUCGCCCGGACGUAUCGAUUUGGUUAAUACAGGGGAAUGGCAUCAAUUUAUAAUGCAUUCGUCGCCAGCAAACUAUGGCUAUUCCGGCGGUCCAUUGAUGACAUCGAUGGCUACCGUUUUAGGUGUGACAACAUUGGCCAGACGUGAAUAUGGUUUUUAUUUUGCCACUACUAAUGUCGAUCUAUUAGAUUUUAUUGAAAAAAGUAGACAAUAUGAACAACAUCUAAGUGAUAGACAAUUAAAUCGCCAAAAAUGUCAUACAUUGGAACCGGGAUUUAAAUUAGGACUAAUUUUAUCAACAAAUUAUGAAAACAAUACCCAAUUGACAAUUGAGAAUAUAAUACCCGAAUCGCUUAAUGGCAGAUUAUUGAGUGUCUUAACCAUACCAUCAUCACUGAUGGCGGCGGCAGUGAUAAUAGCAUACAAUAAGUGGCAAACAAAUAGCAACAGUAAUCGUAACCAACUAUUGUUUUCAAAUGGCAAACGGUUUCAAACCAAUAGAUUCACAUUAUUAUUAUCAUCGCAUCCGUGGCCAACAAUAAUGACAACCAUACGAUCGGCCCAUACUAUCAAAGAUGACAAUCGCAUCAACAUUAAGGCCAUAAAGUUCCGAUGCGACCAAUCGGUAGUCAAAAUUAUGGUUCCGUCGCUUAACGACAGCCAAAAUAAAUACAUAGCAAACGGUACAGGAUUUCGGUUGAAUGGCAACGAAAUGUCGAUCGUAACUAAUCUACAUGUAGUCGGGGGCAGUCAGUCAGUACAGGUUAGUAUGUAUUUUUAUGGUGGUCUGGAUAUCGUAGCGGCCAAUGUUGUCUAUGUGGAGCCGGCCCGUGAUCUGGCACUUUUGGUGCUUAAUAAACCCGAUAAAGAUCUAUUUCAUGGCCAACCGUUUGAUUCCCGGACAUCAACAACGACUACUAAUACUACUACUGCCGAUGUUUUCGGCGAACCAGUGGCCAGUAUAGGUCAUACACAGAUAGUUGGCGAAAAAUCGUGUCAAUCGGGUAUUAUACUAACCGUUGGUAUUACUGUCGACAAACUACACGGUUAUGGUUAUGUUUUUCCGACAUUUAUCGACAAUUCACGUCAAUUGUUGGUACAUUCGGCACCCAUACUACGUGGGUAUUCGGGUGGUCCGGCCCUGACCGCCGAUUACACGGUAAUCGGCGCACAGAUUAUGGGUACACUUAAAGAUAGAUUUUCAUUUGCCAUCACUUGCAACGAUAUAUUAGAUUUUAUUGAAAAUAGCAAACGAUAUGCUAAUGGAUUCAAUGAUAGACAAUUGAAUCGCACAGUAAGCUAUACAUUGAGACCGGGAUUGAAAUUAGGACUGAUUUUAUUGUCCAAUACUAUUGAUGACAACAACAGUACUGAGUUUACAAUUGUUAAUACAAUACCCGAAUCGCCUAAUGUUGAAUUUAUUGGCCAACAAAUUAUGGAUACAACUAUCCGUGAAUUGGCUAACAAACUCAAUGAUCUAACCCGUGAUAACAAUAUUAUUUCAUUGACUAUGAGAUCUAUGGCGGACACUACCAAACAAUCGGAGUUAAUGUCGAUGACUGCCAUUGAUUAUAAUGAAACAAAUUUACCCAUUAUUUUCUAA